CGCCGCCUGUCGGUGAGGAGCGCCGUGUGUCAGUCGCGUCUGUUAACAUGAAUUAUGUUCAUUUAUUACACACAACACACGUGAAUGAUGAAUGGCAAACAUGAAGAUGAUCAAGUAGAGGAUGAUGAUGAUGAUGAUGAGGAGGAGGACGAUGAGAAGGAUAUGACGCGAGCGGAUGCGAGUGUGUAUUUUUUUAGUGAUGAUUUGGAGGUGAGAGAUGUUGUACUCAUCACACACAGAGUCCUUCAGGAGUUUCCCAGCAGAAAUCUUCCUGAAUUUAAACCCUGGUUCCCGUCAACAUCUUCAGACGCCAUCAGAAUCAUCAGACCCAAAAACUCUGCUCCCAUCAUCUCAUCUGAAGAUCUACACAACAUCACAGAGUGUCUGCAGGAACAUCACAAGACAUCAGACACGAGCAGAGCCGCAGAUACAGAUAGCACAGAUCAGUUUGACAAUAAACCAGAAGAGUUUAAACGCUCAUGGUGUGUGAUGAUCAGAGAGAGGACGACGCCGGUUAAAAACACCUCACAUCAGUCAUUCUCACGACUCUUCAGUAAAACCAUUGACAAACACAGACUUCAUCUUCAUCAGAGAGUAAAGUGGGUCGUGUGUGAGCUCAACUGUGUCACGUUCACUGUGGAUGAAGUUUGGUUUGGGUUGAAUCGAGCGAUCCGACACUCCAGACUCCCUACAUGUAAUGCAAACUUCCAGAGAGCUCUUGCUCAGAUCUGGAUCUACUGUGACGUCUCUUACUGUGAAUUUAUUGGGAAUUUUCUAAAGGAAGAAUUCCAGCUCUCUGGUUGGAUUACAUUAACAGUCCAUAAACUUGGAGAUAUCAUCAAAUUUUAAUAUUUAUUGUAUUUUUAAUGAUUUGUUUUUAAAAUAUGUCAAGAAUUGUAAUUGUAAAUUAAAAGAUGCUGUGGUUUUUGAA